AUGGCCACCGAAACCGCUGCCCGCAAGUUCUUCACGUUGCCUUUCUUUGCCGUCGUCGGCGCCAGUUCUAACCCCGCCAAGUUCGGCCACAAGGUCCAUGCUUGGUACCUCGAUCAUGGUUUGAACGUCACACCCGUCAAUCCGGGCUCUUCUUCCGUGACCGUGGGUGGCCACGAUUACGCCACGGUCCCAGACCUGUCUGGGUUGCCAAAUCCCAAGCAGACGUCUGUAUCUAUCAUCACUGCCCCCCCAGUCACCGUCAAGGUGCUUGAAGAAGCCAAGAAGAUUGGCAUUCCGGGCGUCUGGCUACAGCCGGGCACUUUUGACGAUGCCGUUCUGAAGCUGGCCCUUGAGCAGGGUGCCUUUGAGUAUGUCGUAUAUGGUGAUGGUGGACGGGGACACGAUGGUUGGUGCGUUCUCGUUGAUGGCGAGAGGGCAAUGAAGGAUGCUGGUAAGCUGUGA